CACCACCCUGGGUCUCGUCAGGUCCUGAUGGAGCAGGCCUGGUCCAGUUCUGGAGCCGAAUCGGAGCCGAGCAUGGCCCCAUUUGCCCAUCUUGUCGGGAGCGUGUUUGCCCAUGUUUCCCUCUUCAAUCGGGCAGGAAAAGCCAUUCCUGGAAACUCCUAGAUAGCUGCGUAAUCUUGAACGGUUGUUGGUUUUCACGCCCCCGCACUCUCGUAACUCCGGCCCUUGGCCGUGCCAUCGUCAUCGUCACAUCGUCACUUUGAGCCGCGGCCUAUUUAUACAACCUCCACAGCUUGCCAAGCCUCUACCCCAGACUAGGCUUGACCCUCACGCGACCUUGAGUGGCCCAGCCUGUGUCGUCGACACAUAUUCUCUGGACGCCUCUGGGAGCCGCAAAGCGCCACCCACCCUGUUUCCACAAUGAGUGCGCCGCCAGGUCCAAACAGCACUGGGGAUGAAAAAGCACCCAGUAAACCAGAACCUACCCUUGCCGGUCAUACAGUGGGUAGUGACCCCAGGCCUGUUACCGGCACGCCGCCGUCCGACGCGUCCAUCCACGGGCCGGCUAGCGAUGAAAAGCCACGCCCCUCAUCCCACUCCGGAGAUGUGCCAGAGCUCGCCCAUAGUGAUUGGGAAGAUGAGGGUACGGCUUCCGGUGACCCCGAGCUGGGAGGUGAGCCGGCCGGAACGGCGCUCUCCCGGACGUCGUCGGCCCGAUCACGCGCCGUCACCAUCGUGCCCAUGGGCCAGCGGAGGGGCCUCCUCGCGAGGCUGGCCGUCCUGGUGCCCGAGGUCGAGCGGCCGUACGAGUAUUCACAGAAGCACAAGUGGACAAUCACCACCAUAGUCGCCCUCGCCGGCUCGGCCUCCCCUCUGGGGUCGUCCAUAUUUUACCCGGCAUUGGGGCAAAUGGCGGUUGACUUGAAAACCACCGAGACAAUAACCAAUCUCACGGUUGCUGUGUACAUGCUCUCAAUGUCUAUAUUCCCGCUGUGGUGGUCUUCCUUUUCCGAGACGCUUGGCCGGAGGACCAUCUACGUAGUAUCGUUUGCUUUAUUCGUGGUAGCGUCUGUCCUUAGUGCACUCAGCACCAACAUCGCCAUGUUGAUCGUCAUGCGGGUGCUUGGAGGAGGCGCCUCAGCAUCGGCUCAGGCUGUUGGGGCGGGUACUAUCGCCGACAUCUGGGAGCCGAAGAACCGAGGCAGCGCCAUGGGGAUAUUUUACCUCGGGCCGCUGUUGGGCCCCCUUCUGGCGCCCAUCUUUGGCGGCGCGCUGUCGCAGAGAUGGGGCUGGCAAAGCACCAUGUGGUUCCUGGUCAUCUACGGCGGGCUGGUCUGGGUCAUGAUCGUCUUCUGCCUCCCCGAGACGCUCGCCAAAAAAAGGAGGCCGGCGGCCGAGCCCGAGACGGCGGCCAGCCUGCGGCGCACGUCGACGCGGCAGUCGGUGUCGCAGCACACCAAGGCGACGGCUCGGUUCCUCAAGCGGGCCUUUGUCGACCCGCUCAGCGUGCUCCUCUACCUCCGCUUCAUGCCCGUCGCCCUGACCGUCAUGUACGCGGCCGUCACGUUCGGGGCGCUCUUCAUCCUCAACAUCUCGGUGCAGUCGACCUUUGCGCGCCCGCCGUACGGGUACCCGGAGCUGGUGCUCGGCCUGCUCUACCUGCCGGCCUCGGUCGGCUACAUCGUCGGCUCGCUCGCGGGCGGGCGCUGGAUCGACCGCAUCAUGGCGCGCGAGGCGAGGCGGGCCGGGCGGUUCGAUGCCGCGGGCAACCUGGUGCUGCUGCCCGAGGACCGCAUGCGCGAGAACGCGUGGCUGGCCGCGGUCCUGUGCCCGGCCUCGCUGGUCUGGUUCGGGUGGACGGCGGCCUUUGGCGCGCACGUGGCGGCGCCGAGCGUGGCCAACUUCUUCUUCGGCUUCGCGAGCAUGCUCGUGUUCGGGGCCGCCACCACCAUGCUGACCGAGUUCAUGCCGUCGCGCUCGUCGGCCGGCGUGGCCGUCAACAACUUUGUGCGCAACAUCUUCAGCUGCGUCGGCACCGUCGUCGCGCAGCCGCUGCUCAACGUCAUGGGCGUCGGCUGGCUGUGCACCGCCGUCGCAGUCCUGACCUUUGUCGUCGGCGCGGUUGCCGUCUGGUCGCUCGGGCGGUAUUCGAGCAAGUGGAGGAUAGAGAUGGACAAGAAGCUCAAGGAGGGCUAGUGAUUUAUUAUUUACCGUUUACUUUUUUUACACCUUACCCCGUUGAUAUCUACUUUUCCUCAUAACAUCUAGGUCAUCUAAUAGGCUGAACACUCAUGCAUAGCUAUCCGCUGAUUUGAUAGACUUGAACGCUCCAAAGCAAUAUUCCAUGC